CCAGUGCGCAUGCUCGGCUGAGGGUGCAUCGUGUCUGCAACAAGGAGAUUGGGUACGAGAUUAUUUCAUCGGAUUCUCGUGUGACCGUGGUGUUAUUUGUUAAAGAAGAGGCUCAAGUAAACCGCAUAAUAACUAAUGGAAUUGUGAUCUGCUCCUCCUUCAGUGAAGCUCCUCCCACAAGAAUCACACCUUCAGUGAAGUUCCUCCCACAACAAUCGCACCUUCAAUUAAGCUCCUCCCACAACAAUCACAGCUUCAGUGAAGCUCCUCCCACAACAAUCACACCUUCAGUGAGACUCCCACAAGAAUCACAACUUCAGUGAAGCUCCUCCCACAAAAAAAAAAUCACACCUUCAGUGAAGCUCCUCCCACAACAAUCACACCUUAAGUGAAGCUCCUCCAAUUGCAGUUCAUCAAUAAAUGCUGGAAUAUUCCCAUCAGUCUACAAGUGACGACGAGCAUCAAAGCAUCAUGAAGAAGAGAAAUCUGCAGAGACAGAGUUUAUUGAAGAACAGAGAGAACAUGAGAGAUCUAGAACCCUGCAGAAUGAACCACACUGAAGAACAAACAGAUCUAGUGGAGGAACCAAGUCAUGUCAAAACUAGAGUAAAAACUCUCUCACAGACUGAAAGAGUUUCUUUACGUAAAAGAAAAGUCAAGAAAAGUUUCACCUGCACUCAGUGUGGAAAGAGUUUCACAUACAAACAGAGUCUUGAGAUUCACACGAUGAUCCACACUGGAGAGAAACCUUACACAUGUGAUCAGUGCGGGAAGAGUUUCACAUACAAACAGAGUCUUGAGAUUCACACGAUGAUCCACACUGGAGAGAAACCUUACACAUGUGAUCAGUGCGGGAAGAGUUUUACAGCAUCAUCAAACCUUAAGAAACACAUGAUCAUCCACACUGGAGAGAAACUGCAUGAAUGUGAUCAAUGCGGAAAAACAUAUUCAUAUGCUUCAUACCUGAAGAGUCACCUGAAAGUUCAUUCAAAGGAGAAACCACAUUCAUGUGCUUUGUGUGGAAAGAGUUUUUCACAUCUGCAGAAUUUAAAAGUUCAUCAGAAGAGACACAGUGGUGUGAGAGAAUAUAUGUGCUUUGAGUGUGACAAGACUUUUAUUAGAGCUGAACAUUUGAAACAUCACGAGAGGAUCCACACUGGAGAGAAACCUUACAAGUGUUCACACUGUGACAAGAGAUUCAGUCAGUCAGCAAAUCUGAAAACACAUGAGAGGAUCCACACUGGAGAGAAACCUUACAAGUGUUCACACUGUGACAAGAGAUUCAGUCAGACAGGAGACCUGAAAACACAUGAGAGGAUCCACACUGGAGAGAAACCUUACAAGUGUUCACACUGCGACAAGAUAUUUUGUCAGUCAGGAUCUCUGCUUACACAUGAGAUGAUUCACACUGGAGAGAAACCUUACAAGUGUUCACACUGCGACAAGAGAUUUAGUCAGACAGCAUCUCUGAAAACACACGAGAGGAUCCACACUGGAGAGAAACCUUACAAGUGUUCACACUGCGACAAGAGAUUUAGUCAGUCAGGAUCUCUGAAAACACAUGAGAGGAUCCACACUGGAGAGAAACCUUACAAGUGUUCACACUGUGACAAGAGAUUCAGUCGGUUAGGAUCUCUGCUUACACAUGAGAGGAUCCACACUGGAGAGAAACCUUACAAGUGUUCACACUGCGACAAGAGAUUUAGUCAGGUAGCAUCUCUGAAAACACAUGAGAGGAUCCACACUGGAGAGAAACCGUAUCACUGCACUGUAUGAGGGAAGAGUUUCAGUUAUUUGUUUUCUCUACAGAGACAUAAAAUAAACAAUCACUUUAAAUAGUUUAUCUGCAGAUUAGGCUUGGGCGGUAUCCAAAUUUUGAUACGGUCAAACCUCCUCCCUAUUUUACCUCGGUAUACGGUAUUACCGUGAAUGAUUAAAGAAAUAUGACGAACGGCUGAGACAGCAUCACCAAACUGUUGGCUUAUGCCUAAACCAUUAAGAAACUGAAUACCAAACACUAAUACUGAAAUAAUAACAAAAUGACAUGCACAACUAUAUUAACAACUUUUAUUAGCAACAAAUAGCAAUAGUCAAACAUAAUUAAAUUAACAUAAACAUACAGAACAGUUUUUGCGCAGAGAUGCGCACACAAAUCAAUAAAAUCACUUGGGGUGUGCACAGAUUAUUAUAAUAUUGGUUCGGCUCUAAUUAUUCGACAAAUAAAAAUGAUAUUCGAAUUUCGACAUAUUUUUGCUUGCCACAAAGAAAAGAAAAAAGUCCACAAUAAAACCUAAUUCGGUUACUUUCUGUGAUUCUCCACGGCAUAUUUGAAGAUGUAUGAAAGCAAAAAAAUAAUUAAUGAAUGAAUAAGAACUGCGGUCUUCUACAGUACUUCAAAUAUGCCGUGGAGAAUCACAGAAAGUGACUGCAUUCAAGAACAUUGUUCCGGCGUCCUUGAUGCGAGUGGUGCGUCACCAACGAUGAAGAGGAUGCAAUGCCCACUCGUCGGAAAAGAUCUUCUUCUUCUCCAGUUCUUCAGCGAUGAUUACAGAGGACCAGCCGAGACGAGUGGGACCAGUUCUUCCUGGAGCCAUGUAUUCCACCAGAUGAGGAUCCAAUUCAGUGGUGAAACGAAAACACGAAGCGCUUCACAAAACUUAUUCACUUAGCACACCGUUAUUUGUGAGUUCCGCCAACGUCUGUGCCGUCAGAGUGCGUUUUCUCCGCAGGCGGCCUUAUUUUUAACAGACUAAGGAGCCGACUUUCCCCCGAUCAUGUUUACAUGCCCGGGUUUCUUAACAAGAAAAUGUAAAACAAUAGGAAAAAAAAAGCAAAAAGGAUCUGCAGACAGUUUCAAAGUUAAGUGUAAGCUACAAUCUUGUACAAUGGCAUAAUUGCUGCAGGCUGCUUUACGUUUUUUUUUUUUUUUUUUGCUUUUAAUCUGUAGGCUACUUUUUUUUGUUUGCGUUGUUAAAGUUUUUCAGCUACAAAGCACGAUUUGUAAUCUUCAAGCUUAUUGUGUUUAGCCUAAGCUUGUUCCAAUAUGACAGAAACAAUAAAUGUUUUGCUGAAAAAUAACGUCUGUCUCAUUAAACUUAAUUUAAAUAAACGAAUAUUCGAAUAUUUGUUUUUUGUGAGCUCAAAAUGAUUUGAAUGUGAUAUUUGCUGAAAAACGCCCAUCCAUAAAAAAAUCACACCGCACGAACAACUUUUAAUAACAAAGCGCAGCUUAUAAAAAAGAGCGAAUAGACCCACAACACUCGAUCAGAUAUAUAUAUAUAUAUAUAAUAAAAAAAUACUGAAAAGACCCGAAUACCCGAAUCCAUUAAAUAAAUAAAAAAUAAACAGUGCCAAUAGGAACGAAUGGCAAGUGGCAUACAGUCAAGAUUUUUCGCUAGGGCACGCUGUGGACCGACAACUUUACCUGCGGUGCUGAAAACCUGCUUCGAUAGUGUGCUUGUGGCACAGACGCGCAGGUACUUUCGUGCCACUCGCGACAUCUGGGGAAAACACCAGUCAGCAUUUUUCCAUGAAUGAAGUGGGUCCUCGUCUCCUUGACUAAACUGGCUUUAAACAGGCUGUUAUUUCAGCUCCGAUCCGGUCCUCUACGUUGCCGAUGCCGACAGGACCUGCCAUUACAUCUGCUUUUUUUUGCAGCAUAUUCACAGUCAUUUUUUUCGUGAGGGCACAAUUUGCAAAUAGCCUCGUCCUUAUUUACCACCUCUCGCCAUCUUAUUCCCUCCUCUCUCUUUCUCCUCGUCUCGUUGUCACGCGAUGACAACCACGCAUACACAUUUUUAGGCUUUAAAUAAAUUAUAUUUAAUAUUUAAUCCUUGUCUCCUAUAUAAGUGCAUUUUUUUUAUUUUAUUUUUUUAUUUUAUUUUUUUUAUUAACGGUAUGACGGUAUUGGAACUGAUACCGUUGCUAUUUUUAGAUCCCGCGGUAUACCAUAUUACCGUAUUACCGCCCAAGCCUACUGCAGAUCCACAGCAUUCAAGCUACAUUGCAUCUCUUCCAUAGUAAUCUGUCAUAAGAAACAUCAUUUAAAUUAGUCGCAGUGAAUAAAAUCUUCACUUUUAUUCACUUGAGAUGCUUCUCUUUAUUGUUAGUCAAUAAAGAGAGAAGAUUUGUCUCAUUCUUUUCCACUUUGACUUUAUAUUUUUCUUCAAGUAAUAGUCUCUUAUUGUUCAUGUUUAUUGUUGUCUGUUGAUUUUUCUAGCAUCACAAAUGAAUAUUUUCAUAAUUGUAGUUACUUCUUAAAGCAUCUUACAGUAAAAUGAUAAUAGCUUUGGGAGCUUAUAUUUGAUUCGGGUAUUAAAUUGUAAUUGUCCAUUAUUGUUUUCUGAUGAUUCUUCUUGCAUCAUUAAUAGACAAUUUCAUAAUUUUUUAUUACAUCUAAAAGCCAUGAAAUAUUAAUUACUUUUGGGGCUUUCCAUUAUUACAUUUCUCAUAAAGUUUUUAAAUAAUAAACUAUAUUUAAUCACA